GUGUCAUUUAUUCCGUUCGACAUGUAUUUCAGGCAAUUUAAAAACUCAGUCAAAUCCAACAUAAGUCUCGAAAAAGAAGUUAGGAAAAUUAGUUUAAAUUAUAGUUGAAAGUGGGAGAAUUUAGCCAAGUAAAACGUAUCAAGACCAAAAUAAAAAUGACUUUCAAGAAAAUACUGUUUGUGUGCAUGGGCAACUCGUGCAGCUCUCCGAUGGCCGAGGUGAUUAUGCAGAAUCUGAUGGUCAAGACGAGUCUCUACUGGGAGGUGGAUAGCGCCGGUCUGAGGACAUGGAACACUGGACGACGACCGAACAAACGAUGCCUGCAAAUUCUGCGGGAGCACGGACUGCGAUCCGAUCACUUUUGUCGUCAGUUCAGCGUGAAUGAUUUUCUGUACUUUGAUUAUGUUGUGGCAAUGGAUGAGGCCGUGUUCAAAGAACUGCUCCUCUGGGCUGCGGACAACAGGGCCGGCAAACACUGCCAGGUACUUCUUCUGAGUUCGUUUGGCAAGAAUGGACUGCCGGCCUUAAUAGACAGCCUAUCCCCAACCCACAAGCUCAAGAGCUUUCGAUCCGCCUACUACCAAAUCAAAGAGUGCUGCAAGCAGCUCAUCCUUAGCCAAAAAGUGGACAUUGUUAAGUACGAGCUGCCCAGCACCGAUGAUGAUGAGCUCUACUACCCCGGCCAGGAUAAUGCGCCGCAGGACUCGGCUAAGGCGGAUCACGUGACGGAAACGAGCCAUAACAACAGUGGCAUAUAUCUGCUAAACACGGAUGUAAGAUCCUCCGGUGGACUGAUGUCCUCAUCGACCGACCCAUCCAACUCGAAGACCUCGAUGCCAUCGUGCAGCCAAGGAGUGCAGCGAAAACUGUGCCACAAAUGCGGACAGAAAUUUCUGGCUGCCCUUUAGUGUCACUAACUAAUAAUCAAAGGCGGCAAAUUAACCUUGCGCUAAGAUUAUGUAGCGUAUGAAAUAAAAUAAAAUUGACUUUUA